CCAAGGCGCCAUAACGAGGAAUAUAAAUCGAAUCCUCAACCUCAGCUUACUCCAUUAUUCUCUAUCUCCAAUACUCCAAAAUAUAUUCAACCGCAGCUAGUUACCUACGGCAGAAUACCCGCAAUAGGGAAAUCAAUCUCCCAGCACCUACUACCUAAAUAUAAAGUCAUCCACUUCAUCCUAUCAUAUAAGGCUAUAGAGGCUAAGCUCCCGCAUCUACUUACAGGUCGCGAUCCUCAGUCUCAGAACCCUAAUAAGAUCAGAACCCAUAAUUAUAGCUAG